AUGAUAAAAAAUUUAACGAUAAAAAAGAAUAUCAAAUUAUCAAUAAACCGCAACGAUUUUAUGAUUUCAAACACACAAGAAAAAAACGAGUUAAAACAAGUUGAAUUGAACACGAUUGCAGUCGGUAUGACUUCAUUGAGUCAAUCGGCUGCCGACUUACACAAAUUUGUAAUUGAACAACUUGGCCUCAAUUCAAAUGCUAUUCCCAAAGAGUCAAUAUCUUCAAAACUUGCAGAUGCCUUUUUAUAUGCAUUUAGACUUUACUCUCAGCAAAAGUAUAAGAUUGAAAUCAUAUCAAAACUCGGAAAAGAAUGUCUUGUAAGAAGACUAACUUUAGACUACAUUGGCCAACAUGCAGAACUGGGAGCGGAGGGGGAACUUUUACUGUAUUAUAGUUAUUUUGAUGAAAUACAUUGGAAAGGAAGACGUUUAGUCGAAUUAUCACGUUGUAUUAAAUGUCCCUCAAUUAAUUAUCAUUUAACUGGUUGCAAGAAAGUACAACAAGUGCUGGCCUCCAAAACAGCACUGCGUAGAUUUGUCGAGUCUAAAUCAGACCUGGAACUUUUAUUUAGUUCAAUGGUGGGACAAUAUUCACUGGACUGCGAUUCAUUAGGAGACAAAAUGACUCAAUUUGCCAUAGAAAAUCCCGAUAAAUUUGUAAUGAAGCCACAAAGAGAGGGUGGAGGUUUUAAAUCAUGUUUAAAUUAA